AUGCCAACAGUAGCCAUCACGGAUUAUGAACAAUUCCCCCGGAAACCGAAAACUCGAAAACCACGACCGCGAUCAGCUGGAGCAUCCAGUCGCCCAAUGAGAAACGAAAAUAUUGCAGAUCUAGUGCGCUUCUUUCAAGGACAGGAAGAUACGGAAGAAGAUAAAUCACCAGACCAACCCACUAACGAAAACAUGGACCUUUUCAAGGCGGGUCAGCGUCGCCUUCGAUACCUAAACCAGAACAAAUUUGAGAGAACAUCAGUUAAGGGGUCUGAUGGAGCAAGUAGUUCAUCUGAAAAGCGCAAUACUCAACGUCAACACCUGACGGCAUUACAGCGAGAGGGCUUGCUCCCAGGCCUCGAUGACGAUAGGUCUCGUCCGUCACGGACCAAACAGGAUGUAGAAGCAAUCGGACGUCCAUGGCUUGACGACGCCCUGGGAUCUAUAUCAAGUGGUGACGGCAGAUCGAUAUCGCAGACUACACUACCUCUUCCCAGCCUGCGGAGGGAGUCCUUAAGUCUAGGAGACUUGGCUGCUCUUGUCGAGUUUUCUAUCUCGUUUCCUGAUUCAUACCUCGACUCGAGUCCACCACCGUACCAAGCCCGGGCCCAAUCCGAAUCCCGGCCCCAAUUACAAUUACACCAACGGCCUUCGAGUCUCAGUAACGAGCUUUCGCGAGCAACAGAUUGCCAGCAUCCUCAAGCAAACUACAAUGGAAAUGAAAAUGACCAGCCGAUUCGAAACCCAGGUGGAGGCCAAAGUCGUGAAUCGGCACUAAACAAGCCCGCACAGGGGCACCGCAUCUCCGGGUCCUUUAGCCCUGGCACUGCCAGACAUGCUCCGUGCAAGCCCAACACAGACAAGGAUGACGGUGACAGCUGCUGUGGAUCCAAUUGUGACUGUGACGAUGCGAAAAGCCUUGCGGUGCUACUCCGCGCAACGGAGCGAUUAGGGGCUGAGAAGCAGCAAAAUAAUGCCCAGGAAUUGCCGGCUGAUCCUCAUACCUCUACUUCGACUCCUGCUGCGACUUCCAAGCCAACAACAAUUAUCAAGAUAAAUAGUAUAUCUACUACAAAUUCGGCCGCUGGAGGAAACGAUCAACUGGCCCAUUCCCUCAAUCAGGGAGUCACCGAUACUCCUUUCCACGUACAGAAACUAGUGGAAGAAAAGAGUGACGAAAUUCAAGCUGCCCAGAAACUAGGCACUGAGGCGUCCACUUCCAGGGGAACAGACCAACCAGUAUCCCUGUCAAAAGCCGAAGCCCGCCUGUCAAGGCCUUUCAGCUCCGGCCCCAUACCGCUAAGACUAGUUGCUGAGUGCACGUCUCCCACCGUUUCCAAGCCUGUUUUUUCUCCACAACAGCCGUUGAACCCACAAGAGCCCCAACUUCACACUGAAAGUCAAGGCCACUUAGCUUUGAAGCAGCGGCGCUCUGCUUCUUCCAUCGGCCCAAGCUUAUCGAUUUUUCCUCGUGCUCGACCACUUCUCUCCCCAGUUCCCAUUCAAUCUCGUCGCGCUCGUAGCGUGACUCCGGAUGUCGCAGCAUCCAACACUCUCGGCAAGAAGGGGAAGAAAAAGGUCAAGAAAGCUCCGUUGUAUGUGAUGAUUACUGACUCUGCUCCUCUCCCUCCGCCGGCCAAACCUUUACCUUUGAUACCACGAAGUGCAGGCGCCAAUAACGAUAGCAAACCGGUUGAAAACGACAGGAAUAUAUCGACACCUGAACACCCAUUUUCUGCACCUUUGGAAUAUAGAGGGAAAGACGGCGACAGUCCGAUCCUGGGGAUGAAUACUCAGAAACUGCGAUUACGGAGAUCUUGGAUUGGACCUCGGCCCUCGUCUCGAUACUCGAACAGGAGUAAUGACCCCGCCGACGGCACGGGUGCUAUGAGCGAUGGCCAAUCGUCGAGAACCGCCUCUCCUUCUGUUUCCCGACCAGAAUCUCGACGAGGCCGAGCUGAUCAGGUUCAUGCCAUUCGAAUGCGAGACUUGGAUGCCAGCAAGAAGAAGGAAUCGCCUGUGGCUAAGGAUGGCGACCUUAAUACAACCCCGAUCAAACCUUGCGACGCACUCCAAACACACUCAUCCAGCUCCCCAAUUCAGAAUGACUUACGGAAAGCAAGUCACGGGCACCGCGUCAGCGCAGUACCUGAGAUCCCUCUUCCCCGAGAUCCGCCUGUCAGUGCCCAAUCAUCUACUCAUUGCCGAAAGAUAUCUACGGCGUCUUUACCAGGGUCUGUCGCAACUACGAAUGGAUAUGAAGGAGGUCUGUCUCGCAGUGCCAGCGUGACAAGUGGCUCUAUCGAAAGUCGCUCUAUCCGAUAUACCAAGCCAACAUCUGCGUCAAAAGAUACGACCAAAAAUUUUAUUCAGCAACGAAUUCGACCUGAUUCGUCAUUGCUACCGUCUUCAGACGAAGAGACGCAUAAAUCCCGCUCCUGCCCUCACAAGGAUCAUAGUCAUGUGAUUGAAGGCGAGGCGAAUGCAAGAACACAGCGAUCUUCUGCCGGAAAGCAGAAAGUGGUAUAUAACCAUGAACUAUUAUCGUCACCAUCGGGGGCUACGCGAGACGCAGGACUUGGUGAUGACUCUGAGAUACAAUACAUUUAUCUUGUGCGGAGUCUGCAGUCUCGUGUGGCCACAUUGGAACGACAAAACAAAAUGCUUCAAGCUGCUUUACUUGCCGCUCUUGAUGUGGGUGUCUCCCAUGACGCCGAGAGUGUUCACAGCCGCUCUGCAAGUCCGUCCUUGAGCUCCAUGAGGAUACCAACGAUUAGUGAAAGAUCGAUGCUUUCAUCGCAUAGCUUUAGCGUUGACAAUGCUUACCAUGCGCAAGGGAAAUCGUCUCAAGGGCACCACAAAAGUCGUAAUGCCUCUUACGCACAUGAUAAUACUUCUCAAGGCAGCCGUGGAAGCUUUGAAACCGCCAGUUCCCAUAGUGAUAGCAGCGUACGGGCAGUUGAGGUUAUGUUAAGUGAUGCUGAUGUGAGAGACUCAGCUCGAAGGAGUCGUCAAUAGUCCAUUGCUUUUUUACGUACAAGCACAACGCUCUUUCUUUCUCUCUGUUCAGUCUUUUCCGCCAUGUUUACUCGAUUAUUGAUACCAUUGACCAUAUAAUAUGUGAUUUAUUGUCUUUCGGCGCAUUUACUAGGAAGAAUAUAAUUGAUCUACGCUGUCCU